CACCAUACAAAAGACAAAUACUAGUUCCGGUUGCAUGACGUCAGGACGUUUGACCGGAAACUAAUCAUAUGAUCAGUGUUUACAAAAAAAAAACAAACCCCUGACUUCAUUCACACAGACGCCGCCCGACGCACACGAUAUUUUGUAGUGUUUACGGUGAUCAUGAGGCUUGUGAUCCUUGAUGACUAUGACCUGGCAAGUGAGUGGGCUGCCAAAUACAUCCGCAACCGUAUUAUCCAGUUCAAGCCCAGUGCAGAGAGAUACUUUACUCUUGGCCUGCCCACAGGAAGCACGCCACUGGGGUGUUACAAGAAGCUGAUUGAGUAUUACAAGAGUGGAGACCUUUCCUUUAAAUAUGUGAAGACUUUUAACAUGGAUGAGUAUGUUGCUCUGCCAAGGGACCAUCCGGAGAGUUACCAUUCCUACAUGUGGAACAACUUCUUCAAACAUAUUGACAUCGAACCACAGAAUACUCACAUUUUGGAUGGCAAUGCGACUGACCUGCAGGCAGAGUGUGAUUCAUUCGAGCAGCUGAUAACAGCUGCUGGGGGCAUUGAGUUGUUUGUAGGAGGAAUUGGACCUGAUGGCCACAUUGCCUUUAAUGAACCAGGUUCCAGUCUGGUGUCAAGGACGCGAGUGAAGACACUGGCUAAGGACACUAUAGUGGCCAAUGCUCGCUUCUUUGGAAAUGACUUGUCUAAAGUCCCGACCAUGACCCUCACUGUUGGUGUGGGCACAGUUAUGGAUGCUAAAGAGGUUAUGAUACUGAUCACAGGAGCACACAAAGCAUUUGCCUUAUAUAAGGCCAUAGAAGAAGGAGUGAACCACAUGUGGACGGUGUCUGCCUUCCAGCAGCACCCUCGUACCAUCUUCGUGUGUGACGAAGAUGCCACGCUUGAGCUCAGGGUCAAGACCGUAAAAUACUUUAAAGGGCUGAUGCAUGUCCACAAUCAGCUGGUUGAGCCGACACACAGCAUGAAGGACUAUAUGGAUUAAGGCUGAAGGCCGGGGGGGAGGAUGUUGUGUCGGGAAUGAAGUGGAUUUGCAUCAGUUUGUGGUAGUGGAAUGUGGUUUCACACAUGGCACAAGCCCCUAGGACUCACAAAGGUGCCUGAAAUAUCAGUGAUGUGUAGAUUCCAGAUUUGCAUCACAUUAAUGUUUACUUGCACAACAGCAAAUGCAAACUCGUCUGCCAAUUUAAAACUAUUGGUAAAGGCAGUAUUAUAAAGAUCAGGAUGGAAUGAGUAUCAAGUCAAGUUUUAUUAUAAGUAAUUUCUGGCCUUUUGUUGUUGAAGAAAGACCUCGUGCAUAAAACACCUUUUUAUUUCACUCCUCUGGUUAGAGCUUAAACACUAUUUAUCCAUUGCAUAUUUAAUGUGCCUUGACAUUCUAAUACUGUAUUGAAAUGAUAAGGUCAAGACAGGUUAUUAUAGUUAUUAUUAUAUGGGUGGGGAUCAUCGGUGAAGACUUUCUGGUUCAUAUGAGAUCUGGUUUAAGUUACUUGAAGUAUUUGACAGACCUUUUUCUUUCAAUUAGAAAAUCUUGAAACACAAACAUAUUUUAGAAUUUGAUGGUCAUUUAUUUGAAACUUAACCUACAGUGAUCUGCUGUUCAUGUUCAAUUCACUCAAAUAUAUUUUGGACUUUUGUUGGUGAAAUGUAUGAAAAAUGUCUUAAAAAGACAAAAUCUCCAGCUAUGGAAAUGAUGCCAGUUUCAUUAUAAGGCCCUUUCCUUAGCCCAGGUCUGGAUUGAUCCUGACUCUGCUAAUUAAUAUGCUGAGACAUCCAAGUCAAUUCCAACCAAAGCUGACUUGCACAGUAUGUGGCUUGAAAUAAUGCCUUUUACACUUGGUAGUAUACAUGGAGGCAUUUUGGAUGGAACUAUAAUAUACAAGCUAGAGACCAAUCCAUCUCUGGAAUCUUAAGUGAUUGGUAGGUUUAUUUGGGACCAAAAUUAGUGGUGUAUUUUCCCAAAAUUAUUUCUCAAACUUCCUUAUUGCUUGAACUAUGAGACACUAUGUAACAAACAGCAGUUCAUAAAAUCAGAUCCAGCCAAUGUAAAUGUUUCAGCACCAUAAAUCAAACAGCCUAUUUAGUCUGAAUAUAUGUUUCCAUGACAUGUACACUCUUUAAUAUUACUUUAUUGGCUGCUUUCUUUCUUUCUUUCUUUCUUUCUUUCUUUCUUUCUUUCUUUCUUUCUUUCUUUCUUGUGUUUAGAAAUGUUACUGCAUGGAAUGUUACCUUGGAAUUAUUGUGUAUGACUGAAAUGAUUUGUAACCUCUUUCAACCUCUAUGUUGAUUUGCUUAAACUGUACUAUACCUGUGAAAGAAGAUAGCAACAGUGUUUGUUUAUUUUUUGUUGAAGGGUUUGCAUUCACCUCAUUAGUAAAACUGCUGUUACCAGACUUUCAUUUUAAUACCAAAUCUUCUGAAUCGUAUGAAUGGUAAAUAAAGCUUGUUUGAUUAAAAUA